AUGAACGACUCCGCCACCAUCACUGUCGCAGCCGCAGAUACAGCAGCCGGAGCUGCUGUAAAACGCCGGAAAAAACUUCAUCAACAUCAUCAGUAUGAGUCCUUGAUUCCUGGACUUCCUGAUGAUAUAGCUCAGAUUUGUCUUUCUCAUGUUCAACCUUCAAUUCUUUACUCCGUUUGUCAAUCAUGGCGUCGGCUUGUUUAUUCUCCUUCGUUUCCCCCCUUUUUAUCCAUAUAUUCUCUACUGAAGCCAUCUAAAUCUGAGGAGAACUCCGUUCAGUUCGCGAAUUUCGAUCCGAUUUCAGCAAAAUGGAAUUUACUUCCUCCGCCUCCACUUAAUCCACCUCUCCGUCUCCUUCUCCGUCACCGUUCGUUCAUCUCCCGACACCUUCCGAUUCAAUCGGUAAGCGUUUCCGGCAAUUUUAUACUCCUCGCCGCGACGACUGACCCUUUGCUCCCGGCCUUAUCUCGUCCUCUUGUUUUCAACCCGCUCACUUGUCAAUGGACCUCCGGUCCCCGGUUCGAAACUCCGAGACGAUGGUGCGUUGCCGGCGCGUCGCAGGGCGUGGUGUUUGUUGCGAGUGGGAUUGGGUCAAGCUAUAACCCAGAGGUAGCUCGAUCAGUUGAAAAGUGGGACCUGAAAAGUAACUGCACAAAGUACAGCUGUAACCAUCACGAUAGAAACAAGGUCUGGAAAUGGGAGAAAAUGAGUGGUCUCAAGGAUGGGAAGUUCAGUAGGGAAGCGAUUGAAGCAGUAGGCUGGAGAGGGAAGCUCUGUAUGGUAAACGUGAAAGGCGAUGCGGCGAAAGAAGGAAUAAUCUACGACGUUGGAAGUGACACGUGGCAGGAGAUGCCGGAGGGGAUGUUGGUUGGAUGGAGAGGUCCGGUGGCGGCGAUGGAGGAGGAAGUUAUUUAUACGGUGGAUGAAUCGAAAGGAGCAUUGAGAAAGUAUGAUCCAGGAACUGAUAGUUGGAUUAUGAUUUUGGAAAAUGAGAUGCUUAAAGGUGCACAACAUAUGGCUGCUGCCGGCGGUAGAGUUUGCGUGGUUUGUGGCGGCGGUGAUGGGAUAGCGGUGGUGGAUGUGACGGCUGAGCCGCCGAGUUUGGUGGUGGUGGAAACUCCGGUGGGGUUUCAGGUUUUGGACGUACAUAUUUUGCCAAGGAUGAAUCAAUUGGAUUCUUAAUCAAAAGAUGAAUAUUGAAU